CUGAGAGGCUGACCCUGACUUGUCGAGCUAAGCUCGCGCUCAGUCUUUUUUCAGUUAUUUUGGCUCAAUCGAGAUUCGACCAUGGUCAAGGAGAACAAGGCGUUGCCACUUCACAAAGUGAUUAUGGUCGGCGCCGGCGGUGUCGGCAAGUCAGCACUCACACUCCAGUUCAUGUAUGGCGAGUUCGUCGAGGAUUACGAACCGACCAAGGCUGACUCGUACCGAAAGAAGGUCAGCGUCGACGGCCAAGAAUGCCAGAUUGAUAUUCUCGACACGGCUGGCCAGGAAGACUAUGCAGCCAUCCGUGACAACUACUUUCGCAGCGGCGAGGGCUUUUUGAUUGUCUUCUCGCUGGCUGAGCGCGAAUCGUUUGACGAAACCACCCACUUCCGCGACCAAAUCCUGCGAGUUCUUGAAAACAAUGAAACCGCACAGGGCAACGAAACACCCAUCAUUUUGGUGGGCAACAAGUGCGAUUUGGAAGACAAGCGCAAAGUCUCGUCAGAUGAAGCUCAGCGCAGGGCAGCCGAGUGGCGAGCUGCAUACAUCGAGACGUCGGCCAAGAGCAAACACAAUGUUGAAAAGGCCUUUUACGAUCUCCUCCGCGUUAUUCAAAAGCACAAAGCUAGCCAUGCCUCCAGCACCAAAACCAGCGGUGGAAAGAAAAAGUGCACGAUCUUGUGAGCGAGUAUUGGCUCUAUUUUGAUUUUUUGUGAUUUGUUUGUGUUUGUCCUACUUUUCUUUUUGUUCCCCAUCGUCGCUUGAUUCUUUCGCUGUGAUUCUGUCUUGGUGUUGUGUGUUUUGUGUGCUGCCACCUGUUGUUCGAUAAUUCUGCACUUUGCUUCGUUCCAUGAAUCCACUUUUGACAAUCUGGAGAGUUGCAUUCAGAACAAACAAAUCAAAUAAACUCGCAGUGGU